AUAUUUCUUGCUACUUAGCCGAGAUAGAAGUCACCGAACGUUCUCAAAACAAGUCUGUGCGCGGGGACCACGAUGUUGUUCUACUCCUUCUUCAAGUCCCUGAUUGGGAAAGAUGUUGUUGUAGAGUUGAAAAAUGACCUGAGUAUAUGUGGCACACUUCACUCCGUUGAUCAGUACCUCAAUAUCAAACUGACGGACAUUAAUGUCACAGAUACUGAGAAAUAUCCACACAUGUUGUCCGUAAAAAAUUGUUUCAUCCGUGGAUCUGUGGUGCGUUAUGUACAGCUGCCUGUGGAUGAGGUGGACACACAGCUGCUGCAGGAUGCUGCCCGGCGGGAGGCACAGCAGCAACGGCAGUAACUAGCUUUAAGUAUUAUAGUAAGAAAAUUACAGAAAUGCAGUAUUUUACUUCUUUGAAAUAAUUUAAUUAUUUAUUUGUCCAUUCCUAAGAGUAUGAAUUUGACACAAGUGCUUGUAUUAUUUUGUAUGACAGUAAACAUGGUGAAUGGUAAUUAGCAAGUCUGUCAGGUAAUAGAAAGUACCUGAGUGGUUAGUGUGAUCCUUUUGUAUUGUACUCUGAAACAAGACUUUUUUCUUUUAUUAGAAUCACUAGUUUUGAUGUCAGCAAAUGUCUUUUUAAAUGACAACCAAAACCUCUGCUUGUAAACUAUCUUUGUUACUGUGUCUGGCCAUCCACUUCACAGUGUUGCAUAUGCAGCCAUCAGAAAAGUUUUUACAUUUACACCCAAACUCUUUAUUCCAAUGGAAAAAAUUGACAUAAUAGUAACAAAUAUAACUGCAAAAGAAAAUUACCUUACUGGGAGCUUUAUUGCAUAAUUUGUGAAGCAGUAACUACAUUUUAUGAGGUUAUCUGCAAGCCAUUAGUUUUCAUCCUUUUUAAAAGUUAUUACAAAGUGUAAACCAUUGGUUUAUUGCUGGUGAAAUACACCACACAUGGUGGUGUACUUCACCAGCAGAACAUGUAAAAUCAAACUAAUCAGACCUGAAGAGACAUCAUCUACCAGAAUCAUAAUGUAACAUCCUCACAUUAAGGAAAAAUAAUAAAUAUAUACAUUUGCUUAGCAGGAAACUAGAACGUUUAAAUCCAAGCCCUUGCCUGCAAUAAUGUAUAAAUAUUUAAGAUUUUUUUUUCUUUCUUUUUUCCUCCCACUGGUCAGGGAUAAUAGAAAAUAAAAUUAAUUAAAAAGGCUCUCUUAAAAUUCCCAUAGAUAUUCCAAAUAGAAAAUCCAACUAAUGGAGGAUAAGGGUCUUGAAACUUUUCUCUUGAAGGAGAGGAAAUACAAUAGCAAGCAAAAAAGUUUCAGAAUUUACUAAAAGGAAGAGAAAGAGAACCUGUUUUAGCUAGAGAUGAGAUGUAAAAUUUCCAUUUUAUGUUACAAGUAAAGGACAGAUUGAUGAUAAUCAGUGUACAAUAGUGGAGCUCUUGAGUGUUACUGAAGUAAAGGAAAUAUUUAUCUUAAAUGUUGUUGAGCUGAUAGAUGGAGGAAUUGAGUUUUGGAGACAGUGAAUUGUUCUGCCUCAAUCAGAGAUCAGAAGUUAGGCAUUCUGUGGCUUCCCUGUAUGGACUCUUAUUUAAUUUACCAGGGAUAAGCUAAUUUAGAAAUUAGUUUUGAUGAUGCUAAACUCCUAAAGAGUUUCGGUUGCCAUAUUCUCCAGAUAUCGCAGUAUUUCACAGAAAAGUUGGUUAACUCAAUAUUGUAUAUUUUUGGAUAUUUUACUAUCACAUACUAAUAUAUUAGAAUAACUUUAGUAUUUUAAACACAUACCUACAGCAUAAAUGCCUUAAUAGUAAAAUUAAGGUUAUAACCAUG